AUGACCAAUCAGGAGCUAGAACCGUUCUCCUGCCAGCCAAUAGGGUGCGGUGCGCGCCCGGGCCGAGGCUAUAUAGGACAGGCGGCCGCGAAGGGGUCGUUAAUCGGACGUUGGCGGCAGAGAGGCGGCGCGUCCCGGGCGGGCCAGUGUAUUGCCCCUCGGCCGCCUCCCUCAGGUGAGAAACCAAUAAAUAAAAACAAGCUGUUGAUUUCAAGAUUUUGUAGUGAAAGUGAAUUGGAGGAAACUGUGUUUGAGCUGAUUGCUUCUAGUGACAACUCUGAUACUUGGACCAUGGAACAAAGAGAAAACAUCAGUGAUAAGAGUAAAACAGGAGUCUUCACUGAGCCAGCCUAUGCUAUAGACAAGUCUGAUGAAAUUGAUUGUGUUGAUACUCUGUUCGGUGAACUUGCAGAGGGCGUCAACUGCUCUGUUUCAGGCCAGGCAUAUUCCAUAAAUGUCUCAGAAUUAAAGUUUCCAGAUGAAAGCUUAGCUUGUUUCAGUUCAUCACUAGAUGCAGAACUUGAAACUUACAAUAAAAUAAGAGAGAGGAUUUCCAAAGUGUAUGAAGACAAAAGUGAAGCUGAUAUGUUGGGACAGGUCUGCAACAAUAUACAUUUCAGUUACAAGGAGAGUGACGACAGACCCAAGAGUGAUGUAGAUGAAGACUCACAACUAGAGUAUCACAGUGCUGAAGAGCAAGAUUAUUCUGGUCAAAAUACCUCAUAUAUGCCUUUUGCGCAAAUUAAAACUCUAAGGACACAAAAUUCAGAAGUUCUGGAGUUGGUAGAGCCACUUUAUGAAGUUAUAUGUGAUGGAGCCAUAGGUGGGCAAAAUCCUGUUAGCAAAUUAGGUGAUGGUUCUUUUCCCUUGGAUUAUGGUGCUGUUGAUGAGUUUUAUAAUAAAGCAGCUAUACCAGAAUUCUCAAAAACAUCUCAGGACUCCAUAUCACUGAUGGAUUACAAAGGCCUGAAAUGUGAAAAUCAUGAAGAGGAACAAACUGAAGAUACAUAUCAUAGUAAACUUGGUGAAAAUUCAUUUGAAAGUGAUACUGUUGUGAAUAGAGAAUAUCAAAAAUCACUCUCCACGAGCAGUUCAGAAAAUCAACAAAAGAUGGAGGCUGUUUCUUUUUGUGAUGUUGCACAGUCAUCACAAAUGGCUAUAAAAAAAGUGUUUAAAAUGAGCGAUACUAACAGCAUGUUGCAGAAGCAUGGAAAUACUUGUGUAUUACCAUGGGAAAGAUCUUCUGUGACAUCCACACAGAUUUCUAGCAAAAAUGCAGACGAUUCAAUUUCUUGUAGUUGUGAAGAAUCAUUUUUGUCUGCAUUUAAUUCUGAUUGUCAUGAUUGCAGCCAGAAGACUGUUGAAAGGAAACCAGAUUUUUCUUUUGCACUCCCCAGAAUUCCAAUGAAAGAUGGUCAUUUGUCUUGUGUGGAAGUUAUAGAUAAGUAUGCUGGUAAUAGUACCAGACAUCAAGUAGAUUUUCCUGACUCAGAAAUCAAGUGCCUCACAUGCUUGAAUAAUGCUACAAGUAAUAAUAAAGUUACAGUUAACCAGAGUGUUGAUGCAAGUUCUGAUUUUAGGGCUUGUUUCACUACAAGCAGAGCUACUAGUGCUAAUGCUUCUGUGGUAUCUAAAGCAAACAACACAAAGUUAACAAUGAUGAACAAAAUCAAGUCUGAAGAAUGGCAGAGUGAGACCUGUAGAAGUAUUGCCUGCAAUACAGAUUUGUCAUGUGUAGAUGGCAGUAUGGAGCAGAUUGCCUCAUGGCUUGCUGAGACAUGGGAAAAUUGUAUCUACAGUGAAAUCCCAACAACUGAAUGGAAUUCACAAAUUAAGGAUCCUUUGGAGUUGAAAAAUAAGUUGAGUGUCAGAGAUUUAAGAGAAAAUCCUGACAGGAUGUUGCAUCUUAGCAAAGAAAUUGAGAAGAAUUAUUCAUCAAACUGUUGUAGGAGGUUGCUGCAGAGAGCUAUAAAAGCAGAAUUGCAGCUUCUAAGAACUCACUAUUGGAUGUGUCAUCAGCACUGCUGGAAGAUUUACAGACUUGUUAUAGAAGAAAGAGAAUGUUUUAACAGGAAUUUUAAAAGUGACAUUUCCAAGACUGAACUAGGGUCAUCUUUGUUGUCUGUUUUUGAAGAACUGAAGGCUAGGUAUGAAAGCAUGAGAGAAAAAUUAGUCAUGGGUAUACCAUUGGAUUCACUGCCCCCAUUAUCAGUAGAGUCAAAAUUGCUCUCGAUCUUUUCUUCUUAUGUUCCUUCAAAGUUAGUGAAAGACAACCUUCUUUAUAAUUCUAGUUCUGCGGCAGAAAAGUCAGGCUUGGAAAUGUCAAAACAUCAAGAGAGUGAAAUUUCCUCCAGCCUGAAAAGAACACCACCUUUAGUCACUCCUCAAAUGUGUUUAACUGACAACAGGCAGCAUAAGCAAUAUCCUUCCUACAAGAACUUUGAAAUAAAGUAUGAGGCUCAAGAUAUAGAAAGGGACGGCAGAAAAAAUCAAGAAAUAAAAGAAGACUGGUUUGAUGCUAAAGAAAACUUUACAGUGACUGAUUUUUCAGUAACACUUCUAGGGAAUGAAAAAGAACAAGAAAAUCUAGAGAAGGUCAUUAGUACAAAAGAAAUAAAGAUGGUGAAGAAUACAAAAAGUGAGCCAAAUAAGCAUUAUUUUAUUCAUGUUGGUGGCUUAAGUCCUUCAGUAUCAGAGGCUGAUCUAAGGUCUCAUUUCCAGAAGUAUCAGGUUUUGGAGGUUUCAAUAUGUGAGUUUUCUAGUAACUACAGGUAUGCAUCUCUGAGUUUUAAAAAAGCUAGUAAAGCAAAAUUGGCUGUGGAUGAAAUGAAUGGGAAAGAAAUAAAAGGAAAAGCAGUAAAUGUUCGUCUUGUAAAAACUGUAGGAGAAAAUAUACUUCCAGCUUUUCAAAAAGUUUCCAGACCACUUCACUAUGAAAACCAAUCCACUGAUAAUUUGGAAGAAAAUAUUCAAGUCAGAACUACCUGCUCUGUCCCGGACUCUUUGAAAGUGCCUUCCACCACCUCAACCUCUUUGAAAGUGCUUUCCCCUCCCUCAGUUUCUUCAGCAAUGCCUGCCCCUACCCUGGCCUUUUCAAAAGUGCUCAGCUCUGAUUUAAAACCACUUGCACAUGAAUCAGGACACCUUUUCUUCUCAGUUGAUCAACAGAGUACAAGAGAGAAUCCUCUGCAGAUAAAACCUGUUCAGUUCUCUCCUAAUCCAUCCGCUACCUUUAUACCUCCUAACACAUUGAACUUGAGCAGCUUUACCAAAUUGAUGAAGAAAUUAGAAGAACUGCAUCCCAAGGCUAGUAGAGAUAAUAUUGUGGAUGCUUUGCUGGAGGUCAGAACAAAUAAUAAAGGUUUCCUAAGUGGCUUGUCUAUUAAUGUUAUUGUGGAAAUGGCUUCCUCUGUUCUGAAGAAAUCUGCAUCCAAAUGUGAGGAAAAAGUAGCAUGAAGAGGUGAGCAUUCUAGUGCAGAAAGAAAAAUACUUUGAAAUAGUAAAGGUAUUGUUUGUAUGGCUGUAUAACGUAGCUAUAUGUGUAGCCUAGUAAAUAACUUUGUGCUUUGAUUACCACACAUGUGCUUCAUUGCCAGUGGGGAGUGCACUGAAAGAAUUGUCACUGAAGAAGAAUUAACUUCUUUUGGAAUAGUUGUGUGAUGAUCACUUACAGUUUUUAAUGUUUACCAAGUUAAAUUGCUAACUCUAUCAGAUAUAAAUCUCACUGUGUAAAAUUUGGCAUACUUGGGAUGAUAUCCAAAUUGUUUCAGAAUUUCUGCUGAUUUCACAACAGAGAGGUUACAUCUCCAUUAACAUUACUGUACAUAUAGAUGGUGCUGCAUUUACAAAAAAUUUCCAGACAAAAGUGACAUCUAAUGGCCUGUUCUUUUAACAGAAAUCGAUAUAGAUAGUCCAGAGAAUAUAUACUGGAUCCAGUUUUGUAUUAAAAGUUGACAGUCCAAGUUCUGUUAAACAUGAGGAUUGGAGGGUGAUUUGCCUAUCUUGGUCUUUUGGGGAGGAGGGGAUUUAUUUGAUGGGAUUCUGUAGAUUUUGUUUUUUUUAAAGGAACUCGGAUUAAUCCUUCUUUCUGCAACCCUGCAUCUCCCACAGUUCUUGACAUCUGGGCUGCUCUGUUCACUUUGCAGCUCACAGAGGCCGAUCAAUUUUUUGGCACUUCCAGUCUGACUGCUGCUUCUUUGCUCCCACUCCAGGCCAAUUUUUCUCCUUCUGAAGCAGAGUGUGGAUUGCUGUUUUAGUGAUCCCGCCUUCACAUCUGCCUAAUGGGGGGGGGGAGGGGUGUCGUCAAAAUUUGGGGAAGUGGGGAGCAUUGAUCUCUCUCCUAGCCCCUCUUCUCCCCCCCUUGGUCAGUUUUUUGGCUGGGUGUUUGAAUGCUCCCACUCCAGAGCCUUCACUGCAGUGCCUCCCUGCUGGUUCCUCUGCACCUUCCAGUUAUGGCCGAGCAGUCUAAAAAGCACUGAAUGAAAAGCCAAAUAUUGUUCCAUCUGUGAGACAGCCACCCCAGGAUCAGCAGACAGUUAGUUAUGCCCAGUCUUCCAUUGUUAACUGUUAGGUCCCAGGGCUGAGUUAGACAGGCAUGUAAAAUCCCCUACCCACCAGAGCAGCCCUGACUCUAAUGUAUAUGGGAAAUUGGACCAGGAAUCGAUAGAGCAGGGCAAGGCUCCAAGGAUGAGGACUCCAGUCAACUGACUUGGGAUAAAUUCCAAGGGGUCCCUGGAAAACAGAGGGUAGACUUGCAGGGUCGCAAGUCCCCCAAGUCCUAAAAUAUGUCCUAAGCACCAUGGGAAAAGAAGCGGGGCUCAUAAACACCUCUGGCCCUCUCCUAUUUGGUCAGGAGGCUCUGGAAGUAUUUUCCCUCACCACUCUCUGGGGUAAUGGGACCCAUCAGGCAAGGACUCAGAAAGAAAUCUUGUCAGAGGACUUCAGGUCCACAGCAUGACUAGCUGCAAAAGGCCUCACCAAAGUGCA